AUGCGUUUCAUCCUUAUAGUCCUCUUCUGCCUAUUUUCUUCUCUGUCAUCGAUACCACAAUACCAAUAUAGUAGAGAUAUUAAUCGAACCCUCUCCGAGGAAACUUGGCACUUCUUCCUUAAUCGAAAUCAAAAGAAGUUAGUCACCAGCCCCUACGAUGAUGCAUUGUUACACGAUACUCAAAAGCCCCUUCCCCCUGAUGCUUUUCUUUCUCCACGGAAAAUGUUUAUCCUUCUUGGACCUCGAUUCUUCAAUCCCGAUUUGCAGUCUGUCUCCAUACCAAGAGAGGCCUAUCUCUAUCCUGACGGACGGCUAACUUUUCCCAAUAAAACCAGAAUUUCAACCAAACUUACCAGGAAGAGAAUUUUCACCCUCAGGAAGUACUUAAAUAGAUUAUUUAAACGAGAGGAUGUUCAGGCUCUAAGCACGUAUGCUACUUGCCCAGUUCUCUACGCAUGGAAGGAUUACGGUGAACAGUAUUGGCCACGUUGGGUGAGAGAAGGAAAUUGUAUUGAUCUGGAAGGUACAUCUUGUUCCCUGCCCCCCGGAAUGUUCUGUGUUGGGCAUGAGGAACGCACUGUGGUAAUGUUGCGUUACUUAUGUCCAUUGAGUGAAAAUGAGGAUAGUUGCAAUUGGUAUCGAAUGCAGAAGCCAGUUCUUAUUUCUUGCAAGUGCGCCUGCAGAUGA